UAGUGAAGAGCCUUCUCCACCCCCUUCGCGGUCGCAGUUAUAUAUUUUGGGUCGUACGUGUAUUGUGCUGCGUGACUUUCAACAGCUUGAAGGGAACUGUCGAAUAACAUUUUGGUACGUUUUCAUGGCAUAAGGUCGCAUCUUAUUUAAAACCUUUUGACAUGAACUUCAUCAGACCCUACAAUGCUCUUGGCACGACCAUAGGUCAAUGGUGCAGACAGGUGGGCCAGAUGGGGGGACGGAGCAGAGCUCUGGCUGAGUUGGGGGGACGGAGGAGGAUGUGCAGUAAACCUCAGACAGGAAACCCAGAACCUCCGCCUGCAGCACCUGCAGUCCCAGCACAUGAACCCCGUCCGGCCUUUAAACUCCCCGGCUACAGACCCUCUCCCAUGGACCAGAGGAUCCUGAUCUGGUCUGGACGCUUCAAGACCCCUGACCAGAUCCCAGAGCUAGUGUCGUUUGAGAUGCUAGAUGCAGCCAGGAACAAGUUGAGAGUGAAAGCGUGUUACGUGAUGAUGAUUGCCACCAUUGCAGCCUGCCUGUUAACUGUCAUCAUGGGGAAGAAGGCUGUCGGCAGGCAUGAGUCUCUAACAUCUCAGAACAUGGAAAAGAAAGCAAGAUGGAGGCAGGAGGCCAAGAUGGAGAGGGAGGAGGCUGAUGCUGUUGAGAAGACUUCUUGAGGAAGACGCCCUCCUGUGUCACACUGGAAAAAGCUCCCGCACUUGGCUCUUCCUGUCUGUCACUCCAUAGAGAGAGGACUCCUCGUGGAUAAAAACCCAUUUUAGCAUGGACAUUGCCAUAGAUGGCUUACACCAUUUUAAAGUAGUCAAUUGAGUGGAGAGCAAUCGGCCAAGAAGAAAAUGUACUACUUUAAAAUGGAGAUGGCCUCAAUGACGCUGAUCACAUGCGCUAUAAUGGCACAGAUACCAAGAUGAGUCCUCGAUCUACCUCUAAGAACUCCCCGUCUGGGCCAACAGCUGCUGUACCCAGAGCUACUCAACCCCCCCAUCUCUAGUACCAUAGGUGUUUCCUCCAAUCAGGAAGUAGGAUUUCAGUACAGUAGUUAACAGCCCAUAUUGCUAGCAGCUGUAUUUCUUCCAUGUCUGGUUCGUUGUUUUCUUAAGAUAACCUCCAACUGAAGUUGUUGUCCUUUUUAAAUUAACGGAUUAAAUAUCAAAAUGUCCCAUUUAA